CUUUUCAGUUUCAUUUCCCCAGAUUUCGUCCCGGGGAAGAGGCGGGGCGAGGGAUAGAGCCAAAUUGCCGGUCGGAGAUCCAGAGAAGACGGACUCCGAGUCGCUUCGGUUUCGGUUACUUGGGUGGGGAGCUUGGACGCAACAGCCAGAGAUCCGGCGGCGGGACAGAUCGCCACCCCAAGAUCUCCGUUCCGUAAAGGAAACAAUAAAGAAAAGUCCCAGAGAACUAAAUGCCCUUUUCCCGGCGUGAUACUCCAUCUGACCGGCGCGCUCGGAAAAUUCGGAACAGACACUCUUCAGAUGAGGAGAUGGAUAACCCAAGGAGAAUGCAACAAAAUGGGACUAUAGGCACCAUCCCAUCACUGUUGCCAGAAGAAGCUAGACCUAUACCACACUUUGCUGCAACAAAUGUAUUUUUUCCAUCAAACAAGGAAGGCUUCGGGUUCAGUCCCAUAAAAAAAGAGGAUGUGAAUCAACUGGGAGAAAAAAACCAACCUAAUAAAAAACCAGAAACCACCUUAUUCAACCAAUACGAAGAGAAGAUCCGCCCUUGUAUUGACCUCAUUGAUUCUCUGAGAGCCCUUGGAGUGGAGAAGGACUUGGCAUUGCCAGCAAUUGCAGUGAUUGGCGAUCAGAGCUCAGGAAAAAGCUCAGUUCUGGAAGCUCUUUCUGGAGUCGCUCUUCCAAGAGGCAGUGGUAUUGUCACCAGAUGUCCCUUAGAACUCAGGCUAAAAAAGCUGCUGCCUGGUGAAAAAUGGCAUGGGAAAAUCAGUUACCUGGAAAAAAAUAUGGAACUUGCAAAUCCUUCAAUGGUAGAAAUAGAAAUAAGAAAAGCUCAGAACAUAAUAGCUGGUGAUGGAUUGGGCAUUAGUGAUAAACUAAUUAGCCUUGAAAUUAGAUCUCCAGAAGUUCCAGACUUGACUCUGAUUGAUCUACCAGGGAUUGCAAGAGUGGCUGUAGGUAAUCAGCCAGUAAAUAUUGGAGAUCAGAUCAAAAAGUUGAUUAAAAAUUUUAUUGAUAAACAAGAGACAAUAAAUUUAGUGGUGAUUCCAAGUAAUGUUGAUAUUGCCACAACAGAGGCACUGAAAAUGGCCCAGGAGGUGGAUCCAAAUGGAGAGAGAACACUAGGGAUCAUGACAAAACCUGACCUGAUGGACAGAGGAACUGAGGGGACAGUUGUGAACAUAGUGAGAAACCAAGUCAUUCCCUUGAAAAAGGGAUAUAUGAUUGUGAAAUGUCGUGGGCAGCAAGAUAUCCAUUCCAACAUGACCUUGGCCUCUGCAAUCAAGGAAGAGAGAGCAUUUUUCGAGAAACACAAAUGCUUUAGUAUCCUUCUACAGGAAAAAAAAGCCACAGUCCCCUUACUAGCCGAGAAACUGACAAGUGAGCUUGUGGAACACAUUUCCAAAUCUUUGCCUGCUUUAGAAGAGCAAAUAAGCUUUCAGCUCCAAAAAACAAAUGCUGAAAUGCAGAGAUAUGGCAAAGGCACGCCAGGAUCCGAUGGUGAGAGGCAGUAUUUUUUAAGAGAUAAAAUCCGGUGGUUUAAUGCAGAUGUUGGAAGCACAGUACAAGGAGAAGAAAGACUGUCUGGAAAUGAAGCCAGACUGUUUACCAAAGUUCGUAAAGAAUUUCAGAAAUGGGGCGAAAAAGUUGCUAGCAGUGGCUUAAAAAUUCAAGAAUCCCUAUUCCAUGAGGAGUGGAAAUUUGAAAAUCAGUAUCGUGGCAGAGAGCUUUCUGGAUUUAUCAAUUACAAGACGUUUGAGAUUGAGAUAAGGGAUCAUAUCACCAGGCUAGAAGAGCCAGCUGUUGACAUUCUAACUAGAGUUACAGAAAUAGUGCGUCAAGGUUUUAUGGAGAUUGCUAAAAGCCAUUUUGAAGAUUUUCAUUAUCUUCAUGUGGAAGCCAAGAAUAGAAUUGAAAGUAUUAGAAAGAAACAAGCAAAGGAAGCUGAAGCUGCAGUCAAGAUCCAUUUUGCAAUGGAGCAGACCUUAUACUGUCAGGACAAUCUCUACCAGUGGUACUUAAAAGCUGUAAAGGAAGCUGCAAAGGAGAAAAAAACCACAGAGACAGCUAAAGAAGGCACUGCAAUCGCUGAAACAGCUUUUCAUUUGGAGGCAUACUUCAAGAGUGCAGCCAAUCGUCUCUCUUCCCAAAUUCCCCUCAUUAUCCAGUACUUCAUCCUCAAGGAAUACGGAGAUAAGCUGCAGAAUGAAAUGCUCCAGCUCCUGCAGGAAAAGGAGAAGUUGAGCCUUCUGAUCCAGGAGCGCACAGAUGCUGCUGAACAGAGGCAGUUCUUGUCUGACCGCAUUGAUCGUCUGGCUCAAGCUCGGGACCACUUAGCAAGAUUCCUUGGCUAAAAACGUGUGCUGCUGCUGCUUCCGGAAGGCUAGUGCUCUAGGCAGCUAUUUGGUAGAUUACAUCUCUGUUAUUAAAAGGUGUGGUUCAUCACCAGCAAUUCGUGAAGCACCUGCUUACUCGCAAAGAACCCUUCGUGCCCUGCUGUGUCUUACGCAUUAAACUUCUCAAGGACAAACUGCCUCACAGCGACUUUGACUUAGAUGCCAUCAGUUUGAAUUGUUCAGGAUAAUGGAAGGGGGGGGAGCAAUAUACGUAGUAUUUUUUUGGUUUUCAAAAAGGAGUGUGGGUACUCAAAAAUUGAUAAAAUUGGCAGCACAAAAGGGUUGUAAUGGGCAGCAAAAAAACAGUGCUGUGUGGCUGAGUACUGUCACCCAAAAAGUUUUUAUGCUUGUAAGCUCCAUCAGAGGCAGAUUUAGAUCAGCUCAACCAGUUCCCCAUGCAGGGGCCAAGGGACACCUUCCCAAAGCCAGUAAGCGCUGGGGAGGUGGCAGGAGACUGACAAGAGCUGUGGAGUCCUCCCUGCCUCCUUCCCAGAACCCCACCUCUCUUACCCAACUUUGGGAAGGGGGAGCAGUCAUAUUUUGACCUAUUUUUACAAGAUUGCCAUGCUCUUCAUGCAAAGAAUAGCUGUGGCAAGCAGGCAAUAGAGGUUGUGCCUAAUUAAUGUGCCUAAUUGUUGCCAUUGUGCCUCAUUAGAAAGUCACAUUUCUCUGUGUCUCUUACUUGCUCUGCUUUAGUGCUGAUGUUUGCUAUUUUAGCUGUGUUUGCAGUUUGCAAUUUGGUAGAAGGAAUGUUCUGGGCAUCAUAGUCACAAGACAAGGUAAGAUGCUCAUACAACAGGAUGUCAGGAUGUUCUAGUUGGACGGUCGCCAGCAGGAUGUCUGAUAAGAAAGGGUAUUUUUGCUUUAUUAACACAUACCACAGCACCUUUAUAUGUGCUUUAUAUGGAUAUAUAACAGAAAUGCUAAGCGUUUGCAAGAAAAAGGAGAAGUAAUCUUAUAAGGCAGAGGGCCUUCUCGGUGGUGGCUCCCACCCUGUGGAACGCCCUCCCAUCAGAUGUCAAAGAGAAAAACAGCUACCAGAUUUUUAGAAGACACCUGAAGGCAGCCCUGUUUAGGGAGGCUUUUAAUGUUUAAUAGAUUAUUUCAUUUUUCUGUUGGAAGCCGCCCAGAGUGGCUGGGGAAACCCAGCCAGAUGGGUGGGGUAUUAAUAAUAAUAAUAUUAAUAUUAUUAUUAGGACAAAGGAAGGGUUGUGUCCAAGCUUAUUGGCUUAAUUUUGCUUCAGUAUAUGAAUAUGUAAUGCCUAAUGCUGCCUGGAAAGGGUGUAUAAAUCCAGAGUACUGAUGCUCCAUGCUCAGCCUUUUGAAAUUAUUCCACUGUGCCUAUUGCCGUCAGCAAUAAACUUACUUUCUGUUUUUCCAA